AUGCUACCCCAUUCGGAGCGCUCGGUCUUCGCGCAUGCAGAUAUUGCGCCGCGCAAUAUCAUCGUGGACGAGCAGAACAAUGUCACCGGUAUUCUCGACUGGGAAUACGCAGGAUGGUAUCCUGAGUACUGGGAGUAUGCGCAGAUUAUGCGGCCGGCGUUUUGGGGUGACUGGUCAGUUUGGAUGGACAAGACGGCACCGCAGCGGUGGGAUCUCGCAAGAAUCAAUGAUGCUAGGAAAGUUUUUGUUUUGAGGCAGAAGAUAUUUUUGAAAAACAUCUUGCGGAAAGGGUCAUAUUGA